UAGUUUAGGGAAGGUCAAGGGAAACCAGUGACGUUUAUUAGAGAAUAUCAUUGCUGGAAACAGUGAGACCCUUUCAUUCCUGCAGUAGAAACUGAACUGCACACUUCUCUUCUGUACCAGAAAGUGACUGUAAAAGAUGAAGCUCAUUUAUGCUGGAUUUUUCUUCAUCUGUGUGCUUGCCAGCACAUAUAUUGAAGCCAAUGUAAUCAAAAGGGAAGUAGGUAAUGCCGAUGAUGAGUAUCCCCAGUCACCUUACUGGCCUCACACUACCUCAGACUUCUGGAACUAUGUGGAGCAUUUUCGAACACUGGGAGCCUACCAGCAAAUUGAAGAACUGGCUAGGACAUUUUUUGCCCACUUUCCACUUGGGGACACUCUUGGCGAUGGGAAUGUAGAGCAUGAACACUGAAGAGACACAUAGUUUGCUAAAUCCUUGUGUGCUACUUUAGCUAAAAAUGCUACCAGUUUUCAAAGGUACCUGUUUUGCUAUGUGUGUAAAAGUUAUACAACUGCUUUGCAAGGCAUUAGUUGUAUAGAAACAGGCAAUGAGCAUUUGGUUGUCUGCAUAUUAUUCUUUCAAUUUAUGUUUUAUAGCAUAAAUAAAACAUAUAGCAUAUAAUAAUUACCAACUGAUGCUGUGAAUUUAUGUUUUUACUGGGACUGUAUUUCAAAUAAUCUUUUAUUUGCCAGUUUCCCUAACUCUUCAGGCUUAAAUUCUGUAUGGCUUCAUAUUAUGUAAAAUAUCACCUUUUAUGAAAACAUAUUUAUUUUGUCUUCUUGAUGAUAUUUUUG